CACCAUGUGUGGCAUUUGGGCCCUCUUUGGCAGCGAUGAGUGCCUGUCAGUUCAGUGUCUGAGUGCUAUGAAGAUUGCACACAGGGGCCCAGAUGCCUUUCGUUUUGAGAAUGUCAAUGGCUACACCAACUGCUGCUUUGGAUUUCAUCGGUUGGCAGUGGUUGACCCACUGUUUGGAAUGCAGCCAAUUCGCCUGAAGAAAUACCCUUACUUGUGGCUCUGUUACAAUGGUGAAAUCUACAACCAUAAAGAGUUGCAACGCCAGUUUGGAUUUGAUUACCAGACCAGAGUGGAUGGUGAGAUUAUCCUUCAUCUUUAUGACAAAGAUGGAAUUGAGCAAACGGUCUCCAUGUUGGAUGGCGUGUUUGCUUUUAUUUUACUGGACACUGCCAAUAAAAAAGUAUUCCUGGGACGAGAUACCUAUGGAGUCAGACCUUUGUUUAAAGCCCUGACAGAAGAUGGGUUUUUGGCUGUAUGUUCAGAAGCUAAAGGCCUUGUUAACUUGAAACACUCCAUGACUCCAUUUUUAAAAGUGGAGCCUUUUCUUCCGGGACACUAUGAAGUGUUGGACUUAAAGCCCAGUGGCAAAGUUGUAUCUGUGGAAAUGGUCAAGUAUCAUCAAUGUCGAGAUGAACCCCGGCACGCCCUCUAUGACAAUGUGGAGAAACUCUUCCCAGGUUUUGAGAUAGAAACCGUGAAGAACAACCUCAGGAUCCUUUUUAACAAUGCUGUUAAGAAACGUUUGAUGACAGAAAGAAGGAUCGGCUGCCUUUUAUCAGGAGGUUUAGAUUCCAGCCUGGUCGCUGCCACCCUGUUGAAGCAGCUAAAAGAGGCCCAAGUUCAGUACCCUCUCCAGACAUUUGCAAUCGGCAUGGAAGAUAGUCCUGACUUACAGGCUGCUAGAAAAGUAGCAAAUCAUAUUGGGAGUGAGCACCAUGAGGUCCUCUUUAAUUCUGAGGAAGGAAUUCAGGCCCUGGAUGAAGUCAUAUUUUCCUUGGAAACUUACGACAUCACAACAGUUCGUGCUUCAGUAGGUAUGUAUUUAAUCUCUAAGUAUAUUCGGAAGAACACAGACAGUGUGGUCAUCUUCUCUGGAGAAGGUUCAGAUGAACUUACACAAGGUUACAUCUAUUUUCACAAGGCACCUUCUCCUGAAAAAGCAGAGGAAGAGAGUGAGAGGCUCCUGAAGGAACUCUACUUAUUUGAUGUUCUCCGUGCAGAUCGAACUACCGCUGCCCAUGGCCUUGAGCUGCGAGUUCCUUUCCUGGAUCAUCGGUUUUCUUCCUAUUACUUGUCUCUGCCACCAGAAAUGAGGAUUCCCAAGCAUGGCAUAGAGAAACACCUCCUGAGAGAGACAUUUGAGGACUCCAACCUGCUACCUAAAGAGAUUCUGUGGCGGCCGAAAGAAGCCUUCAGUGAUGGAAUAACCUCCGUUAAGAAUUCCUGGUUUAAGAUUUUACAGGACUUUGUUGAACUUCAGGUUGAUGACACAAUGAUGGCAGCUGCUGCCGAAAAGUAUCCCUUCAAUACUCCUAAAACUAAAGAAGGCUACUACUACCGUCAGAUCUUUGAACGCCACUACCCCGGCAGGGGUGACUGGCUGACCCACUACUGGAUGCCCAAGUGGACCAAUGCCACUGACCCUUCUGCCCGCACCCUGACCCAUUACAAAUCAGCCGCGAAAGCCUAGGCACUCUAACGUACCGCUGAAGUCAGUGUUCCUCAUGAGGUGCAGAGAGACUGGAGCUGUGUGCUGGGAGCAAUGACAGUCAGCCACUCCUGUUUACUUGGGAAUGAAAAAAAGAAAUAAAAGUCUAAA